CUUCCUAUCUGUUACAGAGAGAAAGUGGAUAAGAGUUUUUUUUAUAACAGAGAAAGAUAGAGAAGAAAACAGGGUGAAAAUAAGGGAAAAAGAAAAAGUUGGUGUUGGGUUUUGUGGGUUUUUGCGUCACGAUCAUUGGCUGCACGUGGAAGCCUAGAAGUUUCGUGCCGAUGCCUGUUUUCCUCCACCUUCCUCAGUUUCUUCCUUCUUUGCAACUGUAACCCACCUUCCAUUUUUCUUCUCAAAUCUCUAUUCUUCAACUGCAUGCGAUGAAGUUUUUGUAAUGCCCCAAAAUUUAGUUCAAUGCACACUUGCUAUAAGUGCGAGGAAGUAGAUUUGUAACUUUGUGAAUUAUGGCUCUAUGUGGGGAUCAUGAAGAUAGAGAAGUGAGGAUCCAUGAAAGUUUGGAGGAGCUAAGUACUGAUUUAGCUGACUAUAUUGCUGAAUUAUCAGAGGCAUCUGUGAAAGAACGUGGGGUGUUUUCUAUCGCGUUAUCUGGUGGUUCUCUGAUUAGCUUACUGGGAAAGCUCUGUGAAGCUCCUUAUAACAAGACUGUCGACUGGGCCAAGUGGUAUAUAUUUUGGGCUGAUGAACGUGUUGUUGCAAAAAGCCAUGCCGACAGCAAUUAUAAGCUUGCAAAGGAUAACCUUCUUUCCAAGGUCCCAAUUGUUCCCAGCCAUGUGCACUCGAUCAAUGAUUCAGUGUCAGCUGAGGAAGCUGCUGAUGAGUACAAGUUCGUCAUUCGACAAUUAGUUAAAUCCCGCAUUGUAAGUGUGUCCGAUGUGAGUGAUAGCCCCAAGUUUGACCUCAUACUACUUGGAAUGGGCUCUGAUGGUCACGUUGCCUCAUUAUUCCCUGAUCACUCGGUGCUCGAGGAGAAAGAUGAAUGGGUUACCUUCAUCACUGACUCUCCAAAACCUCCUCCAGAGAGAAUCACCUUCACAUUGCCUGUGAUCAACUCUGCAUCAAAUGUGGCAAUUGUUGUGACAGGUGAAAGCAAAGCAGAGACCGUACAUUUAGCCAUCGACGACGUAGGACCAGACUGCCCACUCCUACCUGCAAGGUUGGUACAGCCAAGAAAAGGAAAACUGACAUGGUUUUUGGAUAACAACGCUGCUUCAAAACUCAACAAUUACCAAUUUUCCGAGUAGGCUUAAGCUGUUCCCAACACAGUGUAUCUCUGUAUGUAGUUGAUGGAUUUCAGCAGUUGUGGAUCCUUAUCUCUUCAUUUCAGUUCCACAUUAAAUCUCCCCCUCUCCCUUUUAAUUUUGGGUCACAUUCUCCAUAUUUUGACUUCUCUUCAUCUCUUUUCUCGAGUGAUUAGAAGUGUGAAUCUCCUUUUCAUUUUGUAAGCAGAGCUAAAUAAGUUAAUAUCAAAAGCAGAUGGUUUUGUAGGACAAUUGCUGCUAUGUAUAUUUUGAAGCCAGCAGAAACAUCAAUCCAAACUUGUAAAAAGCAGCCUUCUUCACAAAUUUAUUGAAUGUCUCUCUUUUCUA